GGAAGUGACAGCUAGAAGCAGUAACUUUAAAACUUUAGGGACUUUUUGUGUGUGGAUGUUAUAACGAAAAAGAGAAGAAGUUAUGACAACCUAGCUCUAAGCCUUUUAUUCGCCAUGUUUUUAUUUACAUUACAUUACAUUUAGCUGACGCUUUUAUCCAAAGCGACUUACAAUAAGUACAUUCGACCAGGAAGACACAACCUUGAAGAAAACAGAAUCAUAUAAGUACAUCAGGUUUCAUAGAGCCAAACAUUUCAAGUGCUACUCAACUGGUUAUUUCUUCUACCGUUAUACAGCCUACCGGACUACCUUAUUUACAAUGUGACAGACGAGUUGGAUUUAAUAGAGCUCUGCUGAGUUCUUAACUGAGACCAACGAUGGAUUAUCCGCUCUUUAUAGCUGUGUUUCUCGUGAGCUCCUCUGUGGUGUUAGCCUCCCAGCAGCCCAACAUCGUGUUCAUCCUGGCAGAUGACUAUGGUUGGUAUGAUGUCGGCUACCACAGCUCAGAGAUCCGCACGCCGAACCUGGACAAGCUGUCCGCGGCAGGAGUCCGCCUGGAUAACUACUAUGUCCAGCCUCUGUGCACCCCGUCCAGAAACCUGCUGAUGACCGGGAGGUACCAGAUCCGCACCGGCAUGCAGCACCAGAUCAUCUGGCCCUGUCAGCCCUACUGUGUGCCUCUGGACGAGAAACUGCUGCCUCAGCUGAUGAAGGACGCGGGCUACGCCACUCACAUGGUGGGCAAGUGGCACCUGGGCAUGUACAAGAAGGACUGCCUGCCCACACGCCGGGGCUUUGACACAUACUUUGGUUACCUCACAGGUAGCGAGGAUUACUUCACUCAUGUCCGCUGCUCUCGGAUUGCUGCUCUCAACCUGAGUCGCUGUGCAUUGGACCUGCGGGACGGAGAAGAGGUCGCCACGGGAUACAAAGGAGACUAUUCCACUGAGCUGCUCAGCCUGAGAGCCACCAGCAUCAUCAAAAAACACAACUCUAACAAGCCACUCUUCCUGUACGUUGCGCUUCAAGCAGUCCAUGCUCCGCUGCAGGUGCCCGAGCGCUACCUGGCCCCCUACAGUUUCAUCAAAGACCCCCAUCGCAGGCAGUAUGCCGGCAUGGUGUCGGCCAUGGACGAGGCCGUGGGAAACAUCACCCUGGCCCUGCAGCAGGGGGGGCUGUGGGACAACACCAUCCUGGUGUUCUCAACAGAUAACGGAGGUCAGACGCUGAGCGGUGGCAGCAACUGGCCGCUGCGAGGAAGGAAGUGGUCUCUGUGGGAAGGAGGGAUCCGGGGAGUGGGGUUUGUCGCGAGCCCGCUGCUGAAGCAACCCGGGACCGUCAGCCACAAACUCAUCCACAUCUCUGACUGGCUGCCAACCCUCGUUGGCCUGGCCGGAGGGAGCACCAACGGCACCAAGCCACUGGACGGAUUCAACGUGUGGAACACAAUCAGCAAAGGCUUUGCCUCACCCAGACUGGAGCUGCUGCACAACAUUGACCCUCUGUAUAAUGACAUCGCUCCGUGUCCUGGCACUCAGCGUCAAUCAUCUUUGGCUCAGGUGGUCAGUGGAGGCUCCUGGGCCAAUUCUGGCUUCAAUGUGUCCAUUCACGCCGCCAUCCGAUUCUCCAACUGGAAGCUGCUGACGGGCUACCCAGGUUGUGACGUUUGGUUUCCGCGACCCGGGCACAACAGCUCCGAUUCAAACCCCCCCCAGGCGGAUCCACUGAAGCCCGUAAUGCUGUUUGACAUAGAAAAAGAUCCAGAGGAGAGGAAUGAAUUAUCCGCUCACUUCCCCACAGUAGUAGAGUAUCUUCUCACUAGGCUCAACCAAUACCAGAAAAGUGCUUUACCGAUAAACUUCCCCGAUGAGGACCCCCGAUGUGACCCGGGUCCCACUGGAGCCUGGGGACCCUGGGCAUAGGGUGGAAAUGGCAGUUAUGAAUACUGUAGCACUUUGUUAAAUGUGAAUUUCAGCAGCAGGAAUCUCUUCUGCUGAGAAAAAGAGUAACAUUUUUAAAGACAUUAUGAUGGUGAGAUUGAAUGUAUAUCAACUUAAAGACAGCUGUUUUUAUCCCACAAUCAUUUAAAUCUGUCUAAACUCGAUUAUGCAGAUUUUUUUAAAGAAAAUAUUUCACUUACAUUAUGUUUUUCGGUUUUAUUCCUUUGUUUGUCAGUUGUUUAUUGGGAAAACUUCUAGCCCUGUUGUUGCAUGGUCAAAGAAAGAUCCCAUAUCAUUUUGCAGUGUUGUUUUUCCCUUUCGUUUACAUAGUGCGAUAGGGCAUUUGGAGGUCUUUGUUCUCCAAGUGCCCUUUUAGUUUAAUAUUUGCCAAAGAGUUUUUAUUUUUCGCCAACCAAUGGAAAAAGCCAUUAAUUAGUUGACUGACUGGUACUGCCAUUACUAUUGAUCGAUGUGUCCCAGCUCUGAAAUGCUUACAGAGGUUUAGUUAAAAUGAUUGCGUAAACACUGUUUGCUACAUAUGUUGCUGAUUUGGAAAGACCUUAUCUCCCUGCUGUUUCAGUUAUUGCACUUCAUUUAUCAACUGUUGAGAAGCCGCAGGCUCCUUGUAUGUGUCAAACAGAAGGACUGUUUUCAUACCUGGGAGACAUAUUUCACCAACCAAUCUAUGGUGUCUUUUGGGAGGUUUUUAAGGAUCGUACAGGAGAAAGCAGAAUGUGUCACGUUAUAUUUACAUCUUGUUACAUGGCCACCCAAUGUCCAAAAAGGUCAAAUUUGUACUUUAAAAUAUAUUUCCUUAAAUAAACUGUGCUUUACUUUGAAACU